UGGGGGCUUUGAGCUCGCGGUGCUUCGCGUGCUCGCCGUUAACCAGCCGCCGCCGUCGACGUCGCCGCCGCCGGCAUGGCGGCUCGGGCGCUCCUCUCCGGCCUGCGCCUCGCUCCUCUCAGCCGCCAACGCCCGGGUCGCUCUCUCUCCGCUGCCGCCGCUCCGCCACUCGACGAAGACGAGUCGCCCCAUCCUCCUCCACCGACUCCGCCCUCCAACUCGAAGCUCUUCGUCGCCGGGCUCUCGUGGGCCGCGGACGAGCGGUCGCUCACGGACGCCUUCUCCUCCUUCGGCGCCGUCACCGAAGUGAGAAUAAUGUAUGACAAAAACUCUGGAAGGUCAAGAGGUUUUGGGUUUGUUCACUUCUCAAAUGAUUAUGAAGCUAAGUGCGCCAAGGAUGCUAUGGAUGGAAAGGUAAUGCUAGGACGACCGUUGCGGAUAAGUUUUGCUCUUGACAAAGUCCGUGGUGCUCCAGUUAUUGUUCCACGACUUUCCACGCAGGUGAAAUGAUAAUACGAGAGAAGGUUGGUAUCAUAUGGACAUACCAGGAGGCUUGCGAAGCAUCCAUAUGCUAGUGUUUUGAACCUUCCCAAGCAAGUGUCGGAGAUGAAGGCGCCUAGCAAUGGCGCAAAGUUAAGUGUACCAAAGAAGAUGUUGGUAAUAUUGGCCGCCUCAAUCUGACCAAUGUUGAAGCGCUUCACAAGAUAAACCGUCAAAUUUGCUACUACUCCAAUUGACGCAACCUUGUCAAAUGUCUCAGUAGCUGCAUAGACAAUCAAAUAAGGUAAUUCAGUACGUUACACUCACCUGUUGCAAUUGAGGUUCUUUUUUUUUUUUGCAUGAAGUACAACAUUUUGCUUAUUCCCCCCCGCUGCAGUCUGUUCUGUUGCAUCAUGCUCUCUCCAGCGAUUGCACACGUGCAAUACGCGGUAGGGAAAAUGCUCUUACGGCGUAUAUUGAAUUGAUAUGAUAUGAUUUACUGUAGUCAUGUGCGGAGUAGAAGUACUCAUGAGAUGAUUCACAAGUAUAAAGAGUUACAGACACCAAGAGCACUGAGCACAUUAAUAUCUCCAUCGCUAUCACGUUUA